AACCGUAUCGAGACGUAAAAUGUCCUAUUUGUGAUAGAUGUCGAAUCGAAAAUGUGGAAUGAAUCAUACCAUGGAUAUAUAGGGCAGUGGCCAGCAUAUACUCAAAACGCCAAAGCCCCCAUGCGACCAGACUUAGAGUCGUAUUGUUAUAGUACAGAAAAUCAAUGCCCUCAAUAUGGUGAAGUCAACCAAUUGGGUGGUGUCUUCGUUAAUGGACGACCCCUGCCGAAUGCCACACGCAUGCGCAUUGUGGAGCUGGCCCGCCUAGGCAUACGACCCUGUGAUAUUAGCCGCCAGCUGCGUGUCAGCCAUGGUUGUGUCUCGAAAAUCCUGGCCAGAUACCAUGAGACGGGCUCCAUACUGCCGGGUGCAAUUGGUGGCUCUAAGCCGCGCGUUACCACCCCGAAGGUUGUCAAUCAUAUACGCGAGUUGAAACAGCGUGAUCCCGGCAUUUUCGCCUGGGAGAUCCGUGAUCGUUUACUCAGCGAGGGUAUCUGCGAUAAGACAAAUGUGCCCAGUGUCAGCUCGAUAUCACGAAUACUGCGCAACAAAUUGAAUCCGAUUAGCCAUCAUCCGCCGACACCGGCCCCUCAACACGCUCACUCAUUGGCUCAGGCCCAUGCGGCCCACAGUGCCCAUGCCCAUACACCCACCCAUGGCUCACACAAUCAUCAUGGACACGGUCAUAUGCACCACACGCCGCCCCACUCGGUGGUGACAUCUGUAGCCGCCUCAGUCACAGCCCAUCCCCAUGCUCAUCAGGCCCACCAGGCGGCCGCUGCGGCUGCCUCUGUCGCUGCCCAUGCCCACCAUCCCCAUUUGUAUUACCAGCCCUACAAUGCGUAUAGCAUGAAAUCGACAGUGUCAUGCGGCACACCCUCUCCGCCCCAGACAGGUUCACCGCAUCAGGUCCAUUCGGCUGCGGCAGCCGCCGCCGUGGCUCAUGGCUGGCCAUCACCGCACACCGUUACCGACAUCUUGGCCCAUCAUCAGGCGGUGGCAUUGCGUGCCAGCUGUCAGGUUGGCAAUCCCGUCAACAGUGGUCUCACAGCCAGUCUGCCGAUGACACCAUCGCCGGUAGGUGGUUCAGCGGUCAGCGGACACCAACAGCUGUUGGAUUGUGAGAGUGCUUCGAAUACCACCAGCGCUUUGGCCCAACAUCAAGUGGCUGCCACACAGGUGGCAGUGGCUGCAGCCGCCGCCUCACAACAGCCCUAUGCCAAUUACUAUAUGUACUUCCAGAAUGGUGGCAUGCAUCAUCCCGGUGGCAUGAUGACCACGGGCACCACAAGUUUAUGAGAAUUAUGAAAAAAGAUUUUGGCAAAACAAUUAUUGGAUUUGCUUGUAAAUGAUACUCCGACAGCAGCAACAGCAGCCACAACAACAACCCCAACUUGA